AUGGAGAAGAUAUAUUCAGUAAACCAGACAACUUUCUCUGAAUUUAUUCUGCUUGGGCUGUCUGAUUAUCCGCAAAUCCAAUUGCCACUCUUCCUUGUGUUCCUCCUUGUCUUUCUGAUGACCCUGAUUGGUAACUUCCUUAUUCUCCUAUUAAUCUUCACAGAUUCUCACCUACACUCGCCUAUGUACUUCUUCCUGAGGAACCUUGCUUUAAUUGAUGUUUUUUAUUCAUCUGUUACAUCACCCAGAAUGCUCUCAGACUUCUUCUCAAAAAACAAAACAAUCAGCCUGCCAGCCUGUUUCACUCAGUUCUUUUUUUUCUUCUCAUUCAUCUGUAUUGAGCUCUAUCUGUUGUCAGUGAUGUCCUAUGAUAGAUACGUUGCUAUCUGCCAACCACUACACUACAUUCAAAUAAUGCACCCUAAACUGUGUACCCAGAUGGUAUCCAUAGCUUGGGUCACUGGUUUGCUCACCUCCUUGAUACAUACACUUUGUAUGCAAAGGUUGACAUUUUGUGGUCCAAAUAUCAUCCAUGGUUUCUUCUGUGACUUGCCACAAUUAUUUAAGCUAUCUUGUAGCAAUACCUUUAUAAAUGUCCUAGUGAUGUUUAUUGUUGGAACAUUUAUGGGGUCAGGUUCAUUAGGAAUAACAUUUGUUCCAUAUGUCUAUAUUUUUAAAACUAUCAUGAGAAUCAAGACAAAAACUGGUAAGGUGAAGGCCUUUUCAACUUGCACCUCUCACUUAUCAGUGGUUUGUAUUUUUUGUGGGACUCUCCUUUUCACCUACUUUCGUCCCACUCCACAUUACAAUCUCUCAGAUGAUCGUUUGGUAUCUAUUGCCUACACUGUAGUUACUCCACUUCUCAAUCCUCUAAUAUACAGUUUAAGAAAUAAGGAACUAAAUGGAGCUCUUAUGAGAGCUUUAAAUUUAAGAACUUUUCUGACAACAACCUAG